AUGGAGUGCUGCCACCACAACCUUAGGUGCCGCCGCCACAACCACAGGUGCCACCACCACAACCACAGCAGGCAUCACAACUACCACAGUUGCUCAUUCAACAACCACAGCUGCUCCAACUCCAACCUCAACUACGUCCAUGAUGACCACCACAGUUGCUGCCAUGACAACGACACCUGCAACUGCUGCAGCAGCCACCACAACAACAGCUACUGCUGCAAGCACAACCACAGCUGCCCCCACGGCCACCACAGCUGGUGCUGCCACCACAACCACAGGUGCCGCCGCCACAACCACAGGUUCUGCCACCACAACCACAGGUACCGCCACGGUCACCACAGCAGGCAUCACAACUUCCACAGUUGCUCAUUCAACAACCACAGCUACUCCAUUUACAACCUCAACUACGUCCACAGAUUCUCCAACUACAAACACUGUUGGCGUUGCAAAAACCACAGCUUCACCAACUACAACUACAGCUGCUGCCACUUCAACCACAACAGCUGCUCCCAAAACUACAGCUGCCACCACAACAACCACAGAUUCUCUAACUACAAACACAGCUACUGCCACAUCAACAACUUAUCCAACUACAACCACAGUAGCUUCCUCUGCAACCACACCUUCUGCCACAACAACUAUACCUGCUGCCACUACUACCACAGCUGCUCAAACUGCAACCAACACAGCAGCCAACACAACCACAGCAGCUGCCACAACAACCAUAGUUGCUUCCACAACAACCACAUCAUCUCCAACUACAAUCACAGCUGA